UCGGGAAGGUGACGCGGCUGCGGAGGUGACGCCGUGUGGUCGCGCGCCCCUUCCGGCGGGGAGAGGGCGCUGAAGAUCCGGGGCCGCUCGGCCGCAGGCCGCCUCCAGCGCCGCGGGAUGUAGCGCGGGGGACCGCGGCCCCCAGCAGAGCCCGCCCGCCCGCCCCGCGUGUCCACCAUCACUGGGAGAUCUCUGCCCCUUGGGGCUGAGAGGACCCCCCGCCCCCAAUCUUCUCCCAAGCUGAAGCUGCAGAGUAUUGUUGAAGUACCAGCCAGAUGUCUUCCCACAAAGGAUCUGUCGCAGCACAGGGCAAUGGGGCUCCUGCCAGUAGCAGGGAGACUGAUACAGUGGAGCUGGCUGAACUGGGACCUCUGCUGGAAGAGAAGGGCAAGCGGGUAACCGUCACCCCAACCAAAGCUGAAGAAGAACAAACAUGCCCAGUGCCCCAGGAAGAAGAGGAAGAGGUGCGGGUGCUGACACUUCCCCUGCAGGCCCACCAUGCCAUGGAGAAGAUGGAGGAGUUUGUGUAUAAGGUCUGGGAGGGACGUUGGCGGGUCAUCCCAUAUGAUGUGCUUCCUGACUGGCUGAAGGAUAAUGACUACCUGCUCCAUGGCCAUAGACCACCUAUGCCCUCCUUUCGGGCAUGCUUCAAGAGCAUCUUCCGCAUCCACACAGAAACCGGCAACAUUUGGACACAUUUACUUGGUUUUGUGCUGUUUCUCUUUUUGGGAAUCUUGACCAUGCUCAGACCAAAUAUGUACUUCAUGGCCCCUCUGCAGGAGAAGGUGGUGUUCGGGAUGUUCUUUUUGGGUGCAGUGCUCUGCCUCAGCUUCUCCUGGCUCUUCCACACCGUCUAUUGUCAUUCAGAGAAAGUCUCUCGGACUUUUUCCAAAUUGGACUAUUCAGGGAUUGCUCUACUGAUUAUGGGGAGCUUUGUCCCCUGGCUCUAUUACUCCUUCUACUGCUCCCCACAGCCUCGGCUCAUCUACCUCUCCAUUGUCUGUGUCCUCGGCAUUUCUGCCAUCAUUGUGGCACAGUGGGACCGGUUUGCCACUCCUAAGCACCGGCAGACAAGAGCAGGAGUGUUCCUGGGACUUGGCUUGAGUGGUGUGGUGCCCACCAUGCACUUUACCAUUGCAGAGGGCUUUGUCAAGGCCACCACAGUGGGUCAGAUGGGCUGGUUCUUCCUCAUGGCUGUGAUGUACAUCACGGGAGCUGGCCUUUAUGCUGCUCGGAUUCCUGAGCGAUUCUUUCCUGGGAAAUUUGACAUAUGGUUCCAAUCUCAUCAGAUUUUCCACGUCCUGGUGGUGGCAGCAGCUUUUGUCCACUUCUACGGGGUCUCCAACCUUCAAGAAUUCCGUUAUGGCCUAGAAGGUGGCUGUACUGAUGAUUCCCUUCUCUGAGCCUUCCCACCUGAGCAGUGGAGGAGGAACUUCCCAAGUGCUUUUAAAAAUAACUUCUUUACUGAAGUGAGAGGAAGUCUGAGUUGUCUGUUUUUAGAAGAAACCUCGUAGAGAAUCGAGUACCAGUCAAGCUUCAGCUCACUUUCACAGCCACUGGGCAAUAAACUUUGCAUUUCAUUCCCCACUGAGGAGGGUGGGAUGGUCACCCUCCUCCAGGCAACUACUGGUCCCUCACAGAGACAGAACUUUGAUGCUCAUGUUGAGAUUUUUACCCCUUCCUCUAACCAUUUUGGGAAAGAAAAAAAUUAUGGACUGGGACUCUUCAGAAAUUCUGGGCAUUUUUCUGGAAGAAAAUGUCCCUCCCUUACCCCCAUCCUUACUUUGUAACCUUGGCUUAUACCAGGCCAUCCAUUUUUGUAGCACACUUUUCAAAACAAUUCUAACUUGGUCCCACCUUUCUAGGGCCUAGAGCUGCUUGCAGCAGGAAGAAUGAAGCCACCAACUUUUACGUAGCCAGGCUAAUCAAGAAAUGUGUCCAGGCUUCAGAUAACUUGAGUCUUAGUUUUGUUUUGUUUUUCUUGGCAGAGUAAUGUAAACUUAAAAUGGGGAAAGAUAUUUAAUAUUUAAUACUAAGCUUUAAAAGGAACCUGCUAUCAUUACUAUGUAUCUUGAUGCAAAGACUAUGGUGAUAAUAAAAGAAAGUACAGAGACACUUGCAUUCAAAGA